AUGUCUGGUUACUGCUCUUAUUUGCUACUAUUAUUCACAACAGUGUGUUGGCUCCAUGGAAUCGGUACAACAGGGAGUUACCAGUAUAUGGAAAGUUACCAGUAUAUGGAAAUUCUAUCUCCUGAUAAAAUUGCAUAUAUGUACAUGAUGAAGUCUGCAAAGAACUUUGGAACCUCAUUUUUACAUACAUACCAUAAAGUGAAUUUGGUCAUUGGUUGGCCUUAUCAUGGUUGCUCUCCCCUCUAUAAUAGCAUCAUGGUGGAUGGUUCUAUUGUUUUACUCAAAAAAGAAAAAUGCACAUUCGUGACAAAGAGUAGACAUGCUGAACAGGCUGGUGCCAUUGCAGUUAUUAUUGCAGACAACAAUGAGGCAAAUGACAAUGAAUACAUCAGUAUGAUUCAUGACAACACUGGUCGAACUGUUAACAUCCCAGCCUUUUUUUUACUUGGUAAAGAUGGUUGGAUGAUCAUGGAUACCCUGAAAAAUUCGAACCAGCCAGCACUUGUCAAUAUCCCUGUCAAUAUUACCAGGAUACCAUUAGAACAACUUCAUUUUCCUCCUUGGUCUUUUUGGUAA